AUGGCCUUCCCUGAACAAUCCGACGAUGUGACAGAGACUCAGAGAAAGAAGUGUCGACUAUUGGAAAUAGUGCAAUAUACAUGUGAACCAGAAGAGCUUCCUAGUGGAGAAGUUCAGCCUCGAUGCUUCCCUAUCCCUCGUAUCUUUAGGAUAUGUCCUAACCGUCCUGCCGUGGAAAUCACGAAACUUAUCAAGAUCGACCUCAAGACAGGAGAGAUUGAAAUGCCGGACGAGUCUAGUGCCCUUCUUCCCAAGGGUAAACACUGGCGAGAUAUACGUCGAUACGACACUGAAGCCGUAGCUGGAUCGAGUGGUUGA